AUGGAUUUGCUAGGACAUACAGAAGAGAAGAGAAAAGUACCGGAUAUGUUGCAGAAGAUAUUGCAAUAUGAUGUACAGAUUACAAAAAAGCUUGUUGAAUUAUCUCAAAAUGUCACAGCAUUAAGGUCACUUCGGAUUCAUUCAAAGUUUUUAGAGGUAUCAUGCCAUGGAAUUGUUUGGUUGGCUGGAUGGCUUACUUUUAUUUGGUUGUUUAACAACAAAGAUCUAUAUCAGCUACAGGUUAACAUGUUAUUCGCUUUAAUAUUGGAUAUAGUAAUAAUAGCAGUAACCAAAGCUUUUGUGAGAAGACGUCGUCCUAUACCGAUGAGUAAGCUAAUACCGGGCAACCCUGACAAGUAUUCUUUUCCGUCGGGUCAUGCGAGUAGAGCUGCUAUGGUUGCUUUUAUCCUAAUUUACUGUGAUCCGAUCUCUAUGAUAUUCUUCCCUCCUCUAAUGGCAUGGGUUGGAGCUGUGGCUAUUUCAAGGGUGCUUGCCGAGAGGCACUAUAUUCUGGAUGUCUUAGCUGGGCUUGGUAUUGGUGUUCUAGAAGGUUUGAUUAUAUCGGUGGUAUGGUUCUCUCAAAGUACAGCAGCCGGUAUUCUAACUUCUUUGUCAGAUGAAAAAGUGGAUGGAGGGGAAUAUCAUGUUUGA